CAUCACUACCAGGAACUUGAUCAAUUAUUUUGUGACAAAUUGACAAUUGCACUGAAGAGACUCACUCAGUCACUGUCUAGUCUUGUCACUGAGCUUAGAGCCUAUAGUGAGAGUAAAGCCCCUAGCUUGCCGCAGAAUUCUAAUAGAGGAAGAAACUAAGCUGAUGAGUGAUGGCUGCGUUGGAACCUCCAAAUGAUGUUUCUAAUUUUUCUGCUCAAGACAAUAAUGGCAAUGGAAUAAAUUAUUUGGACUCACAACUUCAUAACGACUGCUUAAAUGGUAAUGAUACAGUUGUUGACAAAUUCUUAUCUUCACGUUCUGAUAAAGAAAAAAGGAAAUUGUUAAAUGCCAUUAAUUGUAAUGGCUAUACACCCCUUCAUAUUGCUUGUGAGCAAGAGCAUGCAGAAGUCGUUAAAAUCUUAAUGAAGCAUGGAGCUAGUCCAGUUAUCUGUAGUAAAAGUGAUCCUCUUUACCAGCGUCUCACUAAUAAAAGUGGAGAUAUUGAACUUAAGCGUGAUGAUAAAUCUGAAGAAAGAUGUCAAAGUAUGCAGCAAUUACUAGAUUCUCUACAUGCAGAUGAAGUUAAUAUACAUUACUUUAUGAAAUGUGUUGAUCGGAGCAAUGGUAGAAACAUUUGCUACAGAAUUAAUUCAAAAUUUUUUGUCGGUUCUACUCCACUGCAUGUUGCUGCUAAAAUUGGUUCUCUCAAAAUUUUAAAAAUUUUGCUUCCCUUUCUAAAUGAAAGUGAUAUUAAUCACAUUGAUAAUUAUAAACGUACUGCACUUUAUAUUGCCUGUAAAGAAGGGCAUGCACAAGCAGCUAGAAAACUACUAGAGCAUGGAGCUGAUACUGAUAUUACUGAAAGUACCUUUGAACGUACUCCACUUCAUUUUGCCUGUGAGUUGGGACAUGUCCAACUAGUUGAACUACUAUUGAGGCAUGGAGCUAAUUUUAACAAGCUUACUAACUUAGAUUAUACAGCACUUCACACUGCCAGUGAAAAUGGAUAUGCUCAGGUAGUUGAGCUACUACUGGAUCACGGAGCUGACAUCAAACAAACUGAUACUUUGGGUCGUCCGGCACUUCAAUUAGCCUGUGAAAAAGGGCAUGCACAAGUAGUUGAAUUACUACUGAAGCAUGGAGCUUAUAUCGAACUCACUCAUGAUAGUUAUAAUAAGUCAUGUAUACCACACUGCUUGUUACUGCCUGUAAAAGUGGUCAUGCAAAGGUAGUUGAACUACUAUUGGAAUAUGAUGCUGAUAUUACCAAAUGUGAUGAAAAUGGUCUUAAUCCUCUUGAUAUUGCCGUAGAGAAGGG